UGACAGAAUUACUAUGAGAGCCAGUGAGUGAGGUCGGGGGCUCUGCAGCCAGGAACCACGCCCCAAUCAUGCCACAGGUGGUCUAGUGAAGACACCGUUCUCCUUGCAGCUGGAUACUAGACGCCACCACUCACCUUUAACUGGUACCUUUAAGUCUCUUCUUCUGGCUCCCCCCACAAGAACGAGGACAUGAGAACAAGCUAAGAGCAUUAGAGAACAGUGUACACGAAUAAAGCAACCCUCUUUGGCAGUGUAUCAUACACCUCACUCUGUGACUAGCCAGAGCCCAGCUGUGAGUCUGGGAAGUGGUGUAUUAGCUUCCCAGCAAUGGCUGAGAAAGCCUUCAUUCUCGCUCUUGUGGGCCUGUGGCUGAGCACACCUCAUGGAAGAUCACAGUUGGGUUGAUUUUGCACUGACAUUUCUGAAAGUAAGAAUAACGCACACAACCUUUUUUUUCUUUUAUUCUUUUUGCAGUUUUUUUUUUUUUUUUUUUGUAAACAGAAGAACGGGAUUAUUGGAAAGAUGACAACGCAAGACUGAAGCAAAUACCCCGCAUGAAGAUCUGGGUGCUUGUGCCAGGUGGAGCUUGGCGACGGAGCCGAUACUCAGCUUGCUCGGCUCCCUCGUGAGAUUUCGUUUGAAGAAGUUUGGCGCUGCUCAGUCGCCGUAGCUACACCCUUCGCGGAAGCGACCGGGAGCGUGGAGACCACAGUUUACUGAGUUGUCUCACUGGCUUACCGUUGAUGGCCAUGCCCAAGGCUCACUUUUACACCUUGAUUCGAGUCUGCAUUCGGAAUGCCCGCGGACUUCCUUGUGCCCAGAUUGGGCCGAGCCUAUGCCCUGGCUUUUGCAGAAAGAGGUGCAUCAGUUGUUGUGAAUGAUCUAGGAGGGGACUUCAUGGGAGUUGGUAAAGGCUCCUUAGCUGCUGAUAAGGUUGUUGAAGAAAUAAGAAGGAAAGGCGGAAAAGCAGUGGCCAACUAUGAUUCAGUGGAAGCAGGAGAGAAGGUUGUGAAGACAGCACUGGAUGCUUUUGGAAGAAUAGAUGUUGUGAUCAACAAUGCUGGAAUUUUGAGGGACCGUUCCUUUGGUAGAAUAAGUGAUGAAGACUGGGAUAUCAUCCAGAGAGUUCAUUUGCGGGGCUCAUUCCUGGUGACCCGGGCAGCGUGGGAUCACAUGAAGAAACAGAAAUUUGGAAGGAUCAUCAUGACUUCAUCGGCUUCAGGAAUAUAUGGCAACUUUGGCCAGGCAAAUUAUUGUGCUGCAAAGCUGGGUCUUCUGGGCCUUUCAAAUUGUCUUGCAGUUGAAGGCGAGAAAAGCAACAUUCAUUGUAACACUAUUGCCCCUACUGCUGGAUCACGGUUGACCCAGAACAUUUUGCCUGAUGAUCUUCUGGAAGCUCUGAAGCCAGAUUACGUGGCACCCCUGGUCCUUUGGCUUUGCCAUGAGAGUUGUGAGGAAAAUGGUGGCUUGUUUGAGGUUGGAGCAGGAUGGAUUGGAAAAUUACGAUGGGAGCGGACCCUUGGAGCCAUUGUAAGACAGAGGACUCAGCCAAUGACUCCUGAGGCGGUGAAGGCUAACUGGACGAAGAUCUGUGACUUUGAUAAUGCCACCAAGCCUCAGAGAAUUCAAGAAUCAAUUGGCGGUAUAAUUGAAGCUCUAAAUAAAAUAGAUUCAGAUGGAGGAGUUUCGGCAAAUCACACCAGUAAUGUGACAUCAACAGCUACAUCAGGAUUUGCUGGAGCUAUUGGCCAUAAACUUCCUCCAUUUUCUUCUUCUUAUACGGAACUGGACACUAUUAUGUAUGCCCUUGGAGUGGGAGCAUCUAUCAAGGAACCGAAAGAUUUGAAAUUUAUUUAUGAAGGGAGUUCUGAUUUCUCCUGUUUGCCUACCUUCGGAGUUAUUCUAGCUCAGAAAUCUAUAAUGGGUGGAGGAUUAGCAGAGAUUCCUGGGCUCUCAGUCAACUUGGCAAAGGUUCUUCAUGGGGAGCAGUACUUGGAGUUAUAUAAACCACUUCCCAGAGCAGAGUAA